AAGUGGGCACUGAGCAAAGAUCUGGUGAAGAGCUAAAUAUCCCGAUUCUGGCCGUAAAGGCACGAGGACCCCUGCCCCUGUGGUGUCGGUUGUGACUUAGACAGGCCUCCCCACCGGUGGACGCAGCUCCACUCCAGAGCGCACGACUUGGCGAAUGGGAUGAGGGCUGGAUGCCAACUUGUCCCCUGGUCCCCUCAGCCAUGCACCUUGAUGAAAAGCACAAUCUUGUAGCCCAGCAAGAUGGCCCGGAGGAGUUGGGGUGCGACUUCUCGGUCCUUGAGCAGAAAGGAGAGUUCGGACUCUUUCUAAACAAAGGAAUCAAGACGCCUGGGACGCAGAGAGGGAAAGGCAGAAUGCCCCACUCUUUCCAUCCGUUUAGUCUCCUGGGUCCCGGAGUGCUGAGCUCCACCCUCCCGGUGUUAACACCUGGCGGUGGGGCGUGCCUCAGUUUCCCGGAGGCGGGGCGCUUCUCCUCCCUCUCCUGCCCCUCCCCUCCCCUCCCCUUUCUUCUCGGGUUCCUCUUCGGGGAGCUGAAGGCCGUGCUUCGAGCUCCCGGAACUAAAGCUGGGCGCCCGGCCAUCUACAGGCGGGGGCCACGUCAGCGGGGCGGCGGGGCUCGGUGGGAGCCGGGGGGCGCCAUGCGGCGGGGCGCGCUCCUGGCGGGCGCCCUGGCCGCUUACGCCGUGUACCUAGGGCUGGGCGCGCUGCUGGUGGCGCGACUGGAGGGGCCGCACGAGGCUCGGCUCCGCGCGGAGCUGGAGAUGCUGCGGGAGCAGCUGCUGCGGCGCAGCCCGUGUUUGGCCGCCCCCGCUCUGGACGCCUUCGUGGAGCGAGUGCUGGCAGCCGGCCGGCUGGGACGCGCAGCGCUCGCCAACGCUUCGGGGCCCGCCAACGCCUCGGACCCCGCCUGGGACUUUGCCUCUGCUCUCUUCUUUGCCAGCACACUGGUCACCACCGUGGGCUAUGGGUACACAACACCGCUGACAGAUGCGGGCAAGGCCUUUUCCAUUGUCUUUGCGCUCCUGGGCGUGCCGGCCACCAUGUUGCUGCUGACUGCCUCAGCCCAGCGCCUGUCACUGCUGCUGACCCAUGCACCCUUGUCCUGGCUGGGCAUGCGCUGGGGCUGGGACUCCCGGCGGUUGGCCCGCUGGCACCUGGUGGUUCUGCUGGGGAUCAUGGUGACCACCUGCUUCCUGGUGCCCGCUGCAAUCUUUGCCCACCUUGAGGAGGCCUGGAGCUUCUUGGAUGCCUUCUACUUCUGCUUCAUCUCUUUGUCCACCAUUGGCCUGGGUGACUAUGUGCCCGGUGAAGCCCCCGGCCAGCCCUACCGGGCCCUCUACAAGGUGCUGGUCACAGCCUACCUCUUCCUGGGUCUGAUCGCCAUGGUUUUGGUGCUGCAGACUGUCCGGCAUGUGUCUGACCUUCAUGGCCUCACAGAGCUCAUCCUGCUGCCCAGCCCACGCCCUGCCGGCUUCCAUGAGGAUGAGGAGGAUCGGGUGGACAUUCUGAGUCCCCAGUCAGAACCACACCAGCAACUCACCACCAGCUCCCACACCAACUACGCCUCCAUCCCCAGGUAGCUGGGGCAGGCACCUUGAGACUGGAUGGACCUAGCCUGCGGCUGAGGGACCAUGUGACUGGAACUGACAUACUAGACCCUCGUGGGCACAUGCCAGUGCUCAUGAGAGCACUGCCACCAGCUGUCCAUCCUUUGUCGUACCUGUCCUGGGCUCCCCAAGCACCUGCAUUGCUUUGUUCUCCUGGCUCCUUCUCUCAUCUCCCCCUCAUUCAGUGCUUCUUCGGCUUUCUCACCGUCUCUGUCUUUCCCUCUCAACGUCUCUUUUUUUCUUACUCUUUUAUUCCAUCUGCUUCUCUCAGCAACGCACCAUCUACAGUUCUACCAGGCUCUGGGCUCAGGUAUCAUUUCAGGCACUGGAUCAGUCACUACACCUUGGGCAAGUGACAGUCCGUUCUGAGUCUUCAUUUUCUUAUCUGUCCAUUGGAAAGAACACAGGAUGGGGCAAAAGUAGGUUUACAGUUGUUCAUAUGGAAAAUGAUACAAUGAUUAAUAAAUAAUACUAGAAUAAACUGUUUCGUGUACUCACAACUGUAAACUUACUUUUGCCCCACCUGUAUAUUAAUUCAUCCCAAACUCUUCUAUGUUGGGCAUUGUUAGUGAUGUAGCUGGGCCCUGUUCUCCUGGGGCUCAUAGUCUAGUAAUUUAGACGUCCCCACACAGUGAGCCCAGAACUGGCAGGACUUUAAUAGCAGACGCAGAGUGGUCAGCGGUGUGAUGGAGAAAACAAUGGAAUGCACCCAAUAUAACUUGGAAGGUCAGGGAGAACUUCCUGGAGGAAGGGACAACUGAACUCACUCCUGAAAUAUGAAUAGCAGUCAAGGGAAGAAGGUGUAACUGAUUUUCCUCAGGUGUCUCCAGGGAGCAAGACCCAUGCAGAGAGCCCUGGGGUAGGCCUGGGUCCUAGCGUCUUCCUCAGCAGGAAACAGGAUCCCAGUCUGGAUCCGAAUGGCACAGAAGGCACUGUUCUUGGCCACAGCACUACUGUAACAACUGUUCCCAUUUGUGGAGCACUAAGUGCAUAUUCUGUGAGCUUUGGAGCCAGCCUGCUUGGGCUCAAGUCCCAACUCAGUUGCAUACUGCCCAUCUCCUCGGGCAGCCGCUUCCCCUGUGAUUCUCAGGUCCCUCAUCUGUAAAAUGGCAAUAAUAAUAGUACUUCACAAGAUGACUUCACAGAACCUUCCAUGUUAUUCUGUGGUGCUUUGACCAGGCCCUGUUCUGGGUAACUUACAUGAGAAAAUAUAAUAUUAUCCUCUCUCCACAGUUGAGGAAACUGAGGCAUAGGAGGGACGUUCCUUGUUUUAGACACAGAACUAGGAAGCAAUAGAUUUCCUGUCUGUCCCCGCCCCCCGCCCAAUGAUACAGCAGCAAUAGCACUUACACCAAAGGCCCAUCUACUGAGCUGUUACCUCUCCCAAACCCUAUGAAGGUGACAAGGGAUGUGCAUCUGAGCCAGGCCUUAAUAGACAAAUGGGAAGGGCAAUUCCAGACAGAAGGAACCAUGUAUGCAAAGGCCUGGAGGUAGGAAAGCAUGUUAGCCAUCAGCUUCUGUGACUAGCGUGGAGUGAAUGGGGGAAGGAUAGUGGUGUAGUUGACAUGGGCCCCUCUUAAGUGUCUUUAAAUGAUCAGCUUGGGAAACAGCUUUUUUCUUGAGGACACUAGAGAAUCACGGCAGGGUUUCUACCAGAACAGGGUCAUGGUUGGGUUUGUGCCUUAGGAAAUCCCCCAGCUUUUCUGUGGAUGUAGAUGAGAGGGGGAGACAAAGGCUGGGUGCCCAGGGAAGGCUAUGGCAGGAACAAAGCAGAAAAUCAUGGCGCUGGACAGAGCCCACAGGAGGGGGUACAGGUGGAAGGAUGCUCGGAAGACCAAGUGGACAGGCCAUAGGCCUUAUAGAUUUGGGGUAGGGAACAAGGCCAUGGGAAGGUGCAAGGGAUGGCCAACUGCAAUCAAGAUGGGAGCCUUGGAGAAAGAACAGGCUUGAGGGAAGAUGCUGAGGCUAGUUUGGAACAUGGUGAGUGUGAGGGGCUAAAGACACUCAGAGGAAGAUAUCAGGAGGCCACAGAGCCCCCAGGGCUGAGGCUCAGAGUAGUUGAGGCUGGAGACAGAUGCAGGAACCAAGGCCAUGAGGUAGGAGUGAAGAGAGGACCAGCCUUGAGAAAUCAGCCUAAGGAUAUUUAUAUUUUGUAUCAGUAAGGAAAGAUUUGGGCAGCGGGUAACAAAAUCCAGAAUGGCACGAGGUGAAACAAUGAGAUGAGUGUAUAGUGCACAUCACCAGAGUUGGGGAGAGCUCUAGGCAUGAUACAGUGACAGCUCCAGGAGGGUCUUGGGCCCCAGGUUCCCGCUCUGCUCUUCCACCCUCAGCUGAAUGUUUGGCUUCCACAUGGACUCCCCUUAUGGCCCCAAAGUGGCUGCGGCAGGCCCAGGCAUCACAAGGAGAUGUGGUAAUUUUUAGUACAAGAAGAGAGUGGCAUCUUUUCCCAUGCUGUCUCUGGAAUCAAGAAAAUCCUUUCCUGAAGCCUCCCAGCAGACUUCCUCUUCCAUCUCACUGGCCAAAAUUGCCUCACAUGCCCAUCUUGAGCCAAUCAUUGGCUUGAGGAAUUCAGGAUUAGCUUAGAUUCUUCAGGAUUCCCCCUGUUCCCCAGAACUGAGGCUGGGGGUAAGGUUUCAGCUUGGAGGCUGGUGAAUACUUGAAUGAAAUUGGGCUUCUAUUAGAAAGGCCGGAGAGUGGGAGGAUGGGUGGAUAUUGAUUAACAAAUCAGCCAAGGCCAUCAUGUAUAAUUAUGCAGGUUGGGACUUACAUAAGGGAUGCCUGACUAGCAGGGUGGACACAAAUAGGGUCUGAAGUUCAAGGCUAAAUAUGCCAAAAGGAGGCUUCUUUUUCUAAGUAAAGGCCCCAUAUGGUGAGCAGUGUCCCUUCAACCAAUGUCCUCAUACUAGAGAGAAGAGCUUACAAAGAAGACAGAAAAGGAGUUCCAGAGAGGAGGAGGAAAACCAGGAGGGUGGGGAGUAUUGGUAAGAGAAUGAGAGUAUUUUAGGAAGGAAGAAGUCAACAUUGUCAAAUCAUGCUAAAAAGGCACACAAGAUUGUUUUAAUAAUAGUAAUAGAAAACACAUAGGAUUCACUAUGAGCUAGGCACUGCUCCACGCCCUUGAUACAUAAUUUAUUUACCCCUCUUACCAACUGUUAGGUACAUUCUCACCACAUUUUAUAGUUGUGGAAAGGAGGCCCAGAGAGAUCAAAUAAUUUGUCCAAGGUCACACAGGAAGUGCAAAAUGGAUUUGAGCAAGGUUUUGAUUGGUCACCUUGUCCCAUGGGAGUUCAGAAACACCUACUGUCGAGCUCUUUCUCAGCCUCGCAGUCUUCUGUCUCCUCACCGUAAAGUCAGCAGCUGGGGGGGAGGCAGUUGUUUCUCCCUUUCUUGAAAAAGAAACCAGACCUUGUUCAGUUGAAGACAUUUUUAAAAAGGUGCAUGCCACCCUACCUGGUUUGGCUCAGUGGAUAGAGCUUCAACCUGAGGACUGAAGGGUCCUGGGUCUGAAGGGUCCUGGGUUCAAUUCUAAUCAAGGGCACAUGCCCAGGUUGUAGGCUCGACUCCCAGUAGGCAAUGGUUCUCAACCUUCCUAAUGCCGCGACCCUUUAAUACAGUUCCUCAUGUUGUGGUGACCCCCCAACAUAAAAUUAUUUUCGUUGCUACUUCAUAACUGUAAUUUUGCUACUGUUAUGAAUCGUAAUGUAAAUAUCUGAUAUGCAGGAUGUAUUUUCAUUGUUAAAAUUGAACAUAAUUAAAGCACAGUAAUUAAUCACAAAAACAAUAUGUAAUUAUAUAUGUGUUUUCCGAUGGUCUUAGGCGAUCCCUGUGAAAGGGUCAUUGGACCCCCAAAGGGUCACGACCCACAGGUUGAGAAUCGCUGCAGUAGGGGUUGUGCAGGAGGCAGCCAAUCAAUGAUUCUUUCUCAUCAUUGAUAUUUCUAUCCCUCUUCCCCCUCUCCCUUCCCCUCUGAAAUCAACAAAAAAAUAUUUUUAAAGAAGGUGCAUGCUAAAAAUUCAAAAGGCACAAAAGAGUAUACAGUGGAAAGUCAAUCUUUCUCCAGCACUCAGGCUGUGUUGACUGAUUUCUCAGACAAAUAUGAGCAAUAUACAUGUGUGUCAGUGUCUUUCACUCUACACAAAUGGUACUUGGUGUGACGAGGAGGUUACCAUUACAGAUUCUGGAGGCAGAGUCCCUGGAUUAAAAUCAGAACUCUACCACUCCCAAUCAGGGCAGGUGAUUUUGCCCCCCUGUGCCUGAGUUUGCCAAUCUGUGAAAUGGGAGGAUAAUGGCACCUACCUCAUGGGCUUGUUAGAGAAUUAAGCAAUUUAAUAUCUGUAAAGCUCUUAGAACAGUGUCUGGUAUUCAUUAAAAUGUCAGCUAAUCAUUA